UGUCUACGGAGCUUUCAUCCGCGAAGUGGGACCUACUCCUACUUGCUGCUUGAUAUUUCUUCCCAUUUGCCCUCUGCAGUCUCUUGCGGUGACGUUUAGGUCGCAUGGUUAUUUGUUCGGUUCUUGCUAUCUUUUCUUUAUUUUCAAAAGCAAUGGCUGCAGCUAGAGAACGCACUUUUAUCAUGGUUAAACCAGAUGGUGUUCAACGAGGUUUAGUUGGAAAAAUAAUAAAGAAAUUCGAAUCUAAAGGUUUUAAACUAGUUGCCAUGAAGUUCACGUGGGCGACUGAAGAGCAUCUUAAGAAACAUUACGCUGAUCUGGCUGCAAGACCUUUCUUCCCCGGCUUAGUGAAGUACAUGUCAUCUGGACCGGUUGUGCCAAUGGUGUGGGAGGGCCUGAAUGUGGUGAAGACUGGCAGGGUGAUGCUGGGCGCGACUGAUCCCAAGGACUCUGCCCCGGGCACCAUCAGGGGCGACCUGUGCAUCCAGGUUGGCAGAAACAUUAUCCACGGAUCUGACUCAGUCGAGGCUGCCCAGAAGGAGAUCAACCUGUGGUUCGACACCAAGGAGGUGAUCGCCUGGCAGCCAGCAGUCGAGGCCUGGGUGUACGAAGACUAAAUGUGACCGAGCAGUUCCUUCCAUCGUGCAGUGGAUUGUCAACUGUACACUCUACAAGCAAAUAAACACGUUCUAUGACACGUUUUCUA